AGAAUGUGGAAAUUAUGAAUUCCAGUGACGAAUUCACAAGUCCCAUUGCAACCUCGACUGUUUGGAAAAAGAAGAAACCUCCAGGCUGGAAUCAAGAACCCAACACAACCUUCCAAGAACAUCAUGAACAAUCUGUGGCAGGAACAUUGGACGACAAGGAAAAUGUUGACACAAACAGCAAUGUGAUAGUUUCUAGUGAAACAACUUUGAACUUGUGGAAGUACAUUGUUCCUCCCCAUCCUGGCGAGCUUGAAGAGGACAGCUUCAUUGUCGAUAACAUGGCGUAUAACCUAGAUGGAAGCACACCAAAUGAUGUAGAUCAAAGAGAAUUCUCUGAAAAGAUGGCUGAAGAUCUGGCCAGCCUAAAUAUACUGGCUAAGGAAUUGAAUGUUGAGGCAUCUAUUACAGAAAAUUCAGAAUUCCCUCAAAGAAUAUGCGAACAAUUUUCACCUAUACCUGGAUACAUUGUUACAGAAAAUAAUGUCAUAAUGCGAAGACAUUCGUCAACAAACUGCCAAAAAAUGGUUGCAAAUGCAGAUAAGGAAGAUGCAGAUGGUAUCAGGAAAAUGUUAAGUGCACCUCCUUCAAUGACUAUCAUGGAUGAACCAAAACAAGCACAUAACGACCUGGAUGCAGAGGUGGCUGCAUUGACCUCAAAAAAUGCUGUCGAUUUCUUUGAUUACAUAGAGGUCGAGGAAGAUCUCGUUAAUGAAUCGUUUUCUAAAUACUUUCUUCAAGAGGAUAUCAUAACAUCUCAAGAUAUACCCAAUAUUAACAAGGAAACAGAAGAUAAGAUUGAUCAAAUGGCCCUUCAAAUGAGCAAGCCUAUGGAUCAAUUGUUGGGAUCCGAUCGCGAUAGUCCCAUUGAUAAUGUUUUGUUGCAAGGUCAUGGUUCAAAAAAUGCAUAUGAAUUAGAGUUCGAUACUAAAAACAGUGCUCGUUACUCCCUUGGAUCUCUGAACACUGUAACUUAUAUUGAUCCAGAGAAUUCUAUGACUACUGAAGCUCUCCAAACUCCUGGGCAUGUUGACGAAACCGAGUUUGAUGUACCUAGUGACGAGGAGUCAUAUGAUGAAGAUGAGGAACUAGAAGACAAUAUGCCUUCUGAGCUUAAAUUGAAAGAACAGAUAAAAUAGCAUUAAUGAAGAUAACUCGAGUUCAGAGAAGUUUGAUUAUGUGUCAAGUGAAGAGGAGUUAGACACUGGCAAUGUUAAUUUGGAAACUGAUUGUGUGUCAAGUGAUGAAAACAAUUUGAGCACAGUGAACUGUGAUGACGGAAAUAUGGCUCCAGAUACUGACCAUGGUGAAGUUGAGAGACAUCCAUCAUUCAAUAAUAGUCUUGAAAUUAUGCACCAUCAUUCGAUUCUCGACAGGAUACUUAAAGAUGACUUUGCCCCUCGAAACAAAUUGUCAUCUCUCCCAGCUAUACCCUAGAGCAACCUUGUGCUGUGGGUAUAACAAAGAAAUUUCCUGUUAUGAUAGAAAACAAAACUGAUCUAUGGGUCCAGUGCAGUAUAUCAGUUGAUGAAGUCGGAAAGAUGAAUGGCUUUAGUUCCCAAAACCGUCUGAUAAUUCCCCCCCUUGCAAAGGAGAGUUUGCCCGUAUGCCUGUCUGCUAAACAAGACGGUCUGUGUCUGGGGACCGUGGAGGUGACUGUAAAUUCUGUGAUAAGUGGCAUGUUACAUGAACAACACCAUAGCUGCAAAAUAACUGCCAUUGCUGAGCUACCUGGCCUCAGCAUGCUUCCCAAACAAAUACAAUUCAACAUCCAAGUAGAAAACAAAGAGGCGUCGUACGAGCUUAAAAAUGCUUCAGACUAUGAACUGCCUUUGAAAGUUGUGCUUCAUUCUGAAGGCCUGGAUGAAGUCUUCUCGCUUUCCGAUCCUAUGUCAAAGUACCCUACUGCUGUCUUUGCACUUAUCCUACCGCCUCACCAGCUAUUUGUUGGGCACAUCGAGUUCUGCCCUUACGAACAAUACAGCGUUUGUGAAGCCAGUUUGAGAGUGUACGUGGAUAGUCCUAACGGCGCACUGCUAGCAGAGACUGAUGUUUUGGGAACAGUUGGUCAUUAUAAAGUGAGGAUACCCACAGACAAACACUCUCUUUCUUUCCAUUCCAGCCCAGGGGACCCACUCACCACUGACAUCACCUUAAUUAACACAGGCAACAUGGCCACCACAAUUACUCUCGAUGUGACGCGCCCCUUUUCUGUAUCUCCUCCUUUUAUUGGCUCCUUGGUUCCGGGAGAGGAGGCUACCUGCCAGGUGUCCUAUUUCCCAGUGGUAACGGAGCACGUGACUGGGCUGCUCACCCUCAGUCUGGAGGCAGAUUCUGUUGUUUACCAGGUACCGAUCGAAGGACGGAGCACAAAGAACAAAUCAAACGUUGCAAAUACCACGUGUCCCUAUUCGCUGCUGACCAGUAAAAGUAUUGUUAACUUUGGGGGAUCUGAGAUUGGCAGACAGAAGGAAGACACUAUAGUGCUACAGAACGAUUCACCCACUGAGUUAAUGUGUCUGGUGCUGAGAGUGAUCAGUCCUAGCCGCUCAUUCUACAUCCUCAACGACAACUCCAUAACGUUAAGCUGUGAUAUGGUGUUACCAGCAGGGACCUCUCAGACGCUCAAGUUGGGUUACACACCACUACACAGCCAACAGCAUGUGGGCGAGUUGCUCGUUAAAACCAAGAAGAAUAACCUUUCCUUUAAUAUUUCUCUAUCUGGGCACGGUGGUCUUAGUAAGGUGGUAAUCCUAAACGCACAACAGAGCUCCUCCCGUCUCUGGGUAGACAUGGGAGACAUCUGCCCAAACACUCGCAACACCGCGCGUAUCACCCUUAACAACACCGGCUCCAGGGCAGCCUUCGUAUCAGGAGUUCUAGAAGACGAGGAGGGGUACCCCUUACCCUCCACUCUGGCCUGGAUCAACCCCACCACUUUUGUGAUCCCAGAUAACACUACACGUGAAUUGUACGUGAUCUACGAGGCAGGGGCUGAUAAAGAGGCGGGAGUGAGCAGGAUAGCUCUCCUCAAGUUGUACUGUGGUGACGAGAUCUCCAGGAGGAGGUUCUGCAACGUUCUCAACAUUCUUGACAGGCCGGUGGAAGAUCAGGACCUCCCGUUUGACCCUGCUGUGGAGUACCUGACACCAGGUGAAAUGAAGAGAGAGGGUGAGCUGAAAGUACCUCAUCUCAUGCAGGCCGAUAUGGCCUUGGAGAGAAAGCUCUUCGGAAGUGGACUAUAUCAACUCUUUAUCAGUGUGAUGGGAAGAAAGGGCGGUCCACCAGCUCGCAGAUCGCUGGUUACCUUGACCAGACAAGAAGUUUCGGCCAGAUCAGGCAGCUCUGAUAGUACUAUCUCAGCUGGUAACCUAUCACAGGGUGCUACACCCCGGAUUAGCCUGACUAAUCCUAAAGCCAAGUCCUCCAAAGAAGAAAACAAAGAAACAUGUUGGAGUUUUAGCGUUGAUGAAUUGAAUUUCAGUAAACCAACCGUCUUCCACGUGGUUAACGAGAGUACCAAAUCGCUAUUGUAUGAUGUUUCUUAUGAAGGGACCCUGUACGAUGUGACACCGAAAGCAGGUUGCAUUCCACCGUCUGGGUGCACAGAGAUCAGCGUCCGACCACGUGUUUCUUCUUCACCCUUCUUAUCAACACUUCUUGUCACUGCUGGAGGAAUUGAGAAGACUCUAAAACUAUCUUACACCCCUGCUCAGUCUGAAAAUGUUCGAUUGAAGUGUCCUUUAAGUACAUCUGGUAAUACUGACAAACCUCUGUCAGUCCCAGCUAAGGUCAGUUUCCAAACAAUCCCUAUUAAUACAAGCUGCUCUGCCUUGUUCGAGUUUAACAACACGCAGACUGAAGUUUUACAGUGGCGGCUCUCCUCCAUUGCUCCAGCUUACCGCAAGGUGGACAGUUCGGACCCCAUCAGAGUUCCAUAUUCUGCUUUCUGUGUAGACAUGGUGAGCGGAGUGACACCUGCAGGUUGUCGGGAGUGUAUACCCAUCACCUUCUAUCCUAAACAUACCGGACACUUCAGUCAGUGCUGGAAUUUUGUUUGCUUUAAAGGCUCUAUCAAGAGUCUAAAGCACAGCCAAAGAGUGAUAUUAGAGGGAAGUGCUACAGCAUCUACAAUACGCACAGUCGAUAAUCGUCCCAAAGAUAAAGUCUUCAUCAGAAUAAAAAUCCUCGAAUUCUCCGCUGGCAUCAAUGGUUGUCAAUCUCUCUCAUUUAAAGUGGGUAACCCUCUGAAGGUAGCCAGUAAAGUGAGACUGUCCGUUCUUCUUCCUCCCUUUUAUUUGAAGUAUAAAGAAGUCCUUGUCGAGGCAGGACACUCUGCACGCAUUCCUAUCAAAUACAAACCCACUAUUUUUGGUGAGUUUAAAGAAUUUCUGAAGAUCGAUACUGACCAUGGAGUCCUCACACUUGAACUUCAGGGAACUGUUACAAACCGUAAAAGUAAAUAAAUUUGACACUGAGCUAUCGACAUCGGGAUGGUUCUCUUUAAAUAUUAUAAUAUCUUGUAUUACUAAAAUAUUAUGAUGCUGAACUAAUAUUUGAACACUGAGGCUAAUUGCGCUGUGCACUUACGUUCAAGUAAUGUUUAAUAAUGGUAGUAGUAACAAUAAAGCAAUAAUGGUGUGAAGUGCUCGAUGAAAAGUUGGCCAAAUUCUGACGCGAAAGCACACAGCGUUUUAGGUAGAAAUUAUAACAAAAUAAUUUUAUUGAAUAUUUUGAAAUUUGUACGAAGUUUACAUAACUUAGUUGUGUUAUUAUAUAUUUGUUGUUAUAUACGUAAUAAGUAUCGCAUGUGUGAAUAUCACUAAGCAUAGCCAGUUCUAUGUACAUUUUAUAUUAUGUUCUGGCAGGGAAUGUUUUUAACGCACUUUUAAUCUGCAUUUUUAUGUGACGGAAUGAUUUUAUACUUUAUAGUUAUAGCAACCACAAUAUUUAAUUAUUAUCCAGGGUGUCCCAACAAAUAACAACCAAGUUUUUGUUAAUCACCUCAGAUUUAAUCUAACGACUAAUACACUACUAACAACAGUACACUACUAACAGCAGUACACUACUAACAGCAGUACACUACUAACAGCAGUACACUACUAACAGCAGUACACUACUAACAGCAGAACACUACUAACAGCAGUACAUAAAAAUGAGAGAUAUCAGUAAAUUUGUAAAAUAGCGUCACAAGGCUGUCACACCACAGAAUAAACUUUAAGUCUGAUUUUUUUUCGGACUCCGGAGGUUACACGCUAUAGCCUCUGUAAAUUAUAAAUGGCGUUCUUAAACCGUUAAAAAAAUUUAAUCUCUUGGUUGCUUAUUUUGGACACACUGUAUUUGUGUAUUUAUGAAGCAUUUUUACCAUAUUAUUUGAGAUUUAUAUAUUGUUUAACAUAGUAGUAUAGUAUUUAAUGGCUCCACUACCUACUUAUAUAAUAAUAUGUUGUAAUUAAUAAGAUGUGCUAUAGUUUUAAAUUACACUCGUGUCC